AUGACCUUUGAGACGACGGCGAAUAACAUCGCGCACGAGACCGUCCUGAGCAUUGACCACCUACUCACGCGCGAGGUGCAUGCGCGCACGCACCGGGCCAAGAUGGAGCAGUACAUCCGCAAGCUGGAACAUGAAAAUGCAACCUGGCGUGACAAGUUCAAGGCCGAAGUCAUCAAGACGAUGGACGCCACCGCGCUACGGGAGGCGCACGCGACGGCCCAAUCGACCAUCCAAGAGCUGCGGGACGCAUUGCGUGCUGCAGAGGCCCGCAACCUCGAGCUCGAAGCUCAAGUGCAGGCGUUGACGGCGACCGCAACCGAGCUUUCGCUCAACGCCCGCGACAUGGCUGUUCGCGUGCUUGACGAGACGCGACUCUCCAACAACGAGUUGGAAGUGCGCUUGGUGCAAGAGCAAAUCACGAGUGCGGAGCUGCGCGAGGUCGUGACGCAGUGCACGGAGAAGAUCGCCGACCUCACGUCCGCCAAUAUUCUCCUCAUCAAAAAGGAGGUCGAGGAAAUCAAGGCACCCGAGCCGCCGGAAGGCAUGAGCUUCCGCGCCAAAGAGGCACCCCCCCUGCGCUUCAAGAUCACAACGUCCAUCGACUACCUCGACGUCGUACCGUGGCAGCAGUACGCGCGCCACUUUCAGGCCCUCGUCGCGGGCUCGGACGGUGUCACCAGUUCGAUUCCGGCGCUCACGGUGCCGACGGUCUUUAGCGCGCAAUUUUGGUCCCAGCAGAGUACGCCGGCAGUGCAUGAUCGGUGGUUGGAUCAAGUGACUGCGUUUGGUGUCGCCGAUGCCGGCUUGCAGCGCUUCGACAUCGACCAAGUGCUUGGCCUCAUCCAUGACAUUUGGGUUGACCGUGCAGUCUAUACACUGCAGACCAACACGCUGCGCGUCCCGCGGCAGAGCUUUCCGACGUUCGUCCAGCACUUUUUCUCAAGCGGUAAAUACCAGUGCUUCCCGAAACCUCGUUGCUACUGCGAGGGUAGGUACAAGACAUACGCCGAGUCCAAGGCGCAGCUCUACUUGUUCGUGCUCGGCAUCGCAGAGUAUCGUGAGAGCUCUGCGCGGAUCCAUAUCAUGGGCUGCAUCAUGGGUCUUUCGAACCUCCGCUGUUAUAGCCCCCGCAUGGCCGACAGCCUCCUAGCGCUUCUCGUGGGACUGAUCCCGCUGCCUACGCUUGCGGGAACGCUGGCAUUGCAUGCACACAAACCGCUUCAGUUUGGCUCGAACGUGGUCAUUAUGGCGCUCAACAACGCCUUCCCGCUGCUCAAAGACCCGAACGACGUACCCAACUACAUCGACCGCGUCGUCAUCGCACCAGAGACGCAAGCGAUCAUGCGCGAGAUGCUGCACGACCAAGACACUGACGUUGCAGAGGCCGCGCUUGGUACUGCGCGAUCCGUGAGCUCGUCCCGACCCUCGAGUCGGCACUUGCCGCGCAGCAAACGGUGGACCAUGCUGACGCUCGAAGGGGUCUUGGGGAUCGCCAUGCACGUUUGGAACACGCAAGCGGCGAGAGACCUCGAGACGAUCACGGCCAAGCUCAAGCGAGACACGCCGAUUGACGGGGUCGAGUACAGCGAGUUCAAGGCGCUGGUGACCAAGUACUUUCCAUACGAAUUCGUCGAGCAAGAUGUGCUUGAACUGUACCAAAAGGCGCACGAGUUUGAGCUCAACGCGGAGCGGGCCAAGUACCUCCCGAACGUCAAGCUCGAGAGCUUGGCGCGCAUGCUUUGUGCCAAGGGCGUACCGAACCUCAGCGCCCGUACGAAGAAAGGACACCACUGA